AUGCCGGUGGCCAAAGUCUCGGAGAAUAUUGAAGAAGAACAGGCCGAGAGGAGGGAAUACGUGAAGAAUAUUGGAAUCGAAUAUAGAUACGGAUGUUAUGAGGUAUUUUUGGGGUUAAAGGUGACUUUGUUUUAGGAGAAGAGAGCAGAGUCGUGUCAUAUUCUGGGAGAUUACAUGGAGGCGAUUGAACAAAGCUUCUCCAAAGCAUAUCAGUUAUAUAAAGACAACUGUGAAGAGAGGAAAUUCCCAAAAAGCUGUUAUAAACUAGCGUUGUACACGUUGGUUGGGAAAGGUAAAAUUACAGUAUACGUGACUGUACCGUUGUAGAAUGUGAACCAAGUCUGAAGAAGAUGAUAGAGCCUUUAAAAAUAGCUUGUGAUGCAAAGGUGCCCCCAGCUUGUCGAUAUCUCUCACUAGUCUAUUGGAAUGGAGAACCAGAUCGAGAGCCGGAUUCCAACAAGGCUGAGGAAUAUAUGAAAAGGUAAGGAAAGGAGGCGAUAACUGAAGAAAACUAUUUAGGGCUUGCGAGUUAGAAGACUCCGAAGCUUGCUGGCUCUUAAGCACAUGGUACAUCAACAGUGAUAACUUUAAAGUCGUAAAAAAAGGCGUAAGAAAGGUGCGGAGUGGUUUUAUUAACAAUUCAUGGUUACUUACAUACAUAUUAAUGACUACUUUUGUAGGAUAUCAACAUAAACCGAGAUCGUCUUGGCCGUUUAGAAAAGGACAUGACGAAAGCCUUGAAAUACGCUGAACUGGCAUGUGAUCUGAACAUUCCUCAGUCCUGUGUGAACGCAGCAAGGAUACUCAAGAUUGGCGAUGGGGUUCCCAAGGAUCUCGACAAGGCCAAACUUCUUUUGGACAAAGCUAAAGCAAUUGCAGAGUCCAUGAAAAAGGGCGAUCUCACCUCGGAUUAUACCGGAUGA